AUGCGUGAGGUCAUUAGCAUCAACGUUGGUCAGGCUGGUUGCCAAAUCGCCAACUCCUGCUGGGAGCUUUACUGCCUCGAGCACGGUAUCCAGCCCGAUGGUUACCUCACAGAGGAGCGAAAGUCCCAAGACCCCGAUCAGGGUUUCAGCACUUUCUUCUCCGAGACUGGUCAGGGCAAGUACGUCCCCCGCGCCAUCUACUGUGAUUUGGAGCCCAAUGUCGUCGACGAGGUCCGCACCGGUGCCUACCGAAAUCUCUUCCACCCUGAGAUGAUGAUCACUGGCAAGGAGGAUGCCUCAAACAACUACGCCCGUGGUCACUACACCGUCGGAAAGGAGCUUAUCGAUGGCGUCCUCGACAAGAUUCGCCGUGUUGCCGACAACUGUGUUGGCCUCCAGGGCUUCCUCGUGUUCCACUCUUUCGGUGGUGGCACUGGUUCUGGUUUCGGCGCUCUUCUGAUGGAGCGCCUGUCGGUCGACUACGGCAAGAAGAGCAAGCUGGAGUUCUGUGUUUAUCCCGCGCCCCAGACUGCCACAUCCGUUGUCGAGCCAUACAACUCUAUCCUUACCACACACACCACCCUUGAGCACUCCGACUGCUCUUUCAUGGUCGACAAUGAAGCCAUUUACGACAUCUGCCGCCGAAACCUUGGCCUCGAGCGCCCCAACUACGAGAACCUCAACCGUCUCAUUGCUCAGGUCGUCUCUUCUAUUACUGCCUCUUUGCGAUUCGAUGGAUCCCUGAACGUCGACUUGAAUGAAUUCCAGACCAACUUGGUUCCUUACCCCAGAAUCCAUUUCCCUCUGGUCGCCUACGCCCCAGUCAUCUCCGCUGCUAAGGCUGCCCACGAAGCCAACUCAGUCCAAGAGAUGACAAUGUCCUGCUUCGAGCCCAACAACCAGAUGGUCAAGUGUGACCCCCGUCACGGCAAGUACAUGGCUACCUGCUUGCUGUACCGUGGUGACGUCGUUCCCAACGACGCUCAUGCUGCUGUUGCUACAUUGAAGACCAAGCGAACUAUCCAGUUCGUCGAUUGGUGCCCCACUGGUUUCAAGCUUGGUAUCUGCUACCAGGCUCCCGAGAAUGUGCCUAACGGCGACCUCGCCAAGGUCAGCCGCGCUGUCUGCAUGCUCUCUAAUACUACCGCCAUCGCUGAGGCAUGGUCUUCGCUUUCUCUCAAGUUCGAUCUCAUGCACUCCAAGCGUGCCUUCGUCCACUGGUACGUUGGUGAAGGUAUGGAGGAAGGCGAGUUCUCUGAGGCUCGUGAGGAUCUUGCUGCCCUGGAGCGUGAUUACGAGGAGGUCGCUACCGACUCCAUGGGUGAGGAGGAGCUCGAGGCUGAGCUCGUCGAGGUUGGGCCUCGGGACGGCCUGCAGAAUGAGAAGAAGGCAAUCCCGUUGGAGACCAAGAUUGAACUUAUCGAACGAUUGGCCCGAACUGGAGUUUCUACAAUUGAAGCUGGAUCAUUUGUUGCUCCAAAAUGGGUGCCUCAGAUGAGCAACUCCAGCGAAAUAUUGCAGCAUAUCCUCGACGGAAAGGUUUCUUCUCCUGGCCCAAUCACAUACUCCUUCCUAGCACCCAAUGGCAAGGGCCUUAAAUCUGCCGCCGAUGUCCUCGGUGCGAAUAGCGGAAAGUUUGCAACUCAAAUGGAGCCAGCAGCUGGAGCCGAGGCCGCCACCAAGCCAGCUGUUGAAGUCGCAGUCUUUGCUGCUGCCACCGAGAGCUUCACGCAGAAGAACCUCAAUUGCGAUAUCAAGACAUCGCUCGAACGCUUUAAGGAGGUGAUUAGGGAUUCCAAGGGUAUGGGUCUCAGAGUGCGCGCCUAUAUUUCUGUAGUCCUGGGAUGCCCGUUCGAAGGGUUCGACGUUGAUCCCCACAAAGUAGCCGAGAUUGCUACAGACCUUCUGGAGGCUGGAGCAGAUGAGAUCUCACUCGGAGAUACUACAGGAAUGGGUACAGCACCUCGAACGGGAGCUCUCCUUCAAUGCAUGUCUGCAGCUGGUAUCCGAACUGAGGAUAUUGCUAUGCACUUCCACGAUACAUAUGGCCAAGCUCUAGUGAAUACUGCUGUAUCCCUAGAGCACGGCAUUCGGACGUUCGACAGCAGUGUUGGUGGUCUAGGGGGUUGUCCUUACAGCCCUGGCGCGACCGGUAACGUUUCAACGGAAAACAUGGUUUACUUUAUGGAGACUCUAGGCAUGGAUACUGGCAUUAAUCUGGAUGCUAUGUCUGACAUUGGAGACUGGAUCACAAAGGAGUUGGGUAAAGAAAAUGGCAGCACCGUAGGCAAAGCAGUUCUUGGAGCUCGGACUCGAGCUAUGCAAAACGCAAAGGAAAGUUGA